AGGCUGAAGGCUGCGGUGCACUACACGGUUGGCUGCCUGUGUCAGGAUGUUGCAGAAGACAAAGACGUGCAGUUCAGCAAACAAACCAUUGCGGCUAUUUCAGAGAUCACCUUCAGGCAGUGUGAGAACUUUGCAAAAGACCUCGAAAUGUUUGCAAGGCAUGCAAAACGAAGCACAGUUACUACAGAAGAUGUGAAGCUUUUGGCUAGAAGGAGCAAUUCUUUGCUAAAGUAUAUCACCCAGAAGAGUGAAGAGCUCGCAUCAAGUAACAUGGAGCAAAAGGAGAAGAAGAAAAAGAAGUCCAGUGCAGCUAAGGGAGGGAGAACUUCUGGGGAACAAGAAGUAGCUGUGACUGAAAGUGAAGAUUCCAACAUGGCAUGA